CUUCCGCGUUUCUGUUCAGCACACAGGCGUGGUAAAAAAAUGGCAGAACAAAAUUCAGUGCCGAGUGAUCUUUACAAGCAUGUAUAUUCAUUUCUACUAGAGAACAAGUUUACCAAGGCUGCUCAACACUUCAUCAAACAAGCUAAAGUGCCUCCCCAGAAUGAAAAACAAGAUGCCGGUCUGCUUGACAUAUUCAACUUCUGGGUGAAGUCUCCUGAAGCUAAGAAACGGAAGGCGCUGCCCAACGGUCCUGGAGCAAGUGACAGGCCGUCUGCUAAGAAGGCGAAGACUGCGGAGAGCUCCAGUGAGGCUGCAGCACCUGCCAAGGCCACACCCACAGCUACAGCGGCCGAGUCCAGCAGCAGCGACGAGUCCAGCGACGAGGAGGCCGCAGCGAAGAAGCCUGCAACAGCCAAAGCCCCAGUGAAGACCCCAGUCGCUGCAGCAGCUAAAGCCCCAGUGAAGACCCCUGUCGCUGCAGCAGCUAAAGCCCCAGUGAAGACCCCAGUCGCUGCAGCAGCUAAAGCCCCAGUGAAGACCCCAGUCGCUGCAGCAGCCAGGAAAAAGGACUCCAGCUCGAGCAGUGAGUCAUCUGAAGAUGAGGCUCCAGCUAAAGCCCCCGUGGCCAAAGGAAAAGCUGCAGCCGCGACCCCUAAGGCAGCCGCGACCCCUAAGGCAGGGACGGCCGCCAAAGCAGCAGCUCAGAAGAAGGCUGAGACCAGCAGCAGUGAGGACAGCUCCAGUGAAGACGAAGCGCCCGCUAAGACCCCUCCAGCUAAGACCCCUGGUCCUGGCAAGCCCCCUCCGGCUAAGACUCCUGGUCCUGUCAAGACCCCUCCGGCUAAGACUCCUGGUCCUGUCAAGACCCCUCCGGCUAAGACUCCUGCUAAGGCAGCCGAGUCUAGCAGCGAUGACUCUUCUUCAGAUGAAGAGGAGACUCCUCCCAGCAAGAAGGCCAAACCAGGUGAAUACAGUGCAGUUCCACCCCCUGGAGCUGCCGUAAAGAAGGCCGUGGCUCCUACAGUGGCCAGCAAGGCCAAAAAGGACCGCUCCUCAGACAGCAGGGAGGCGGAAGUGUCAGCAGUCCCUGUGAAGUCUACCCCAGUAAAGACUGUGACCCCUAAACCUGCUGCUGCUGCUGCUAAGAAGGCAGAGUCCAGCUCUGAGAGCUCAGACUCUAGCUCUGAAGAUGAAGAAGCAAAAAAGGCCCCGGCUAAGGCUGCCCCGGCUAAGGCUGCCCCGGCUAAGGCGGCCCCGGCUAAGGCGGCCCCGGCUAAGGCGGCCCCGGCUAAGGCGGCCCCGGCUAAGGCGGCCCCGGCUAAGGCUGCCCCGGCUAAGGCGGCCCCGGCUAAGGCGGCCCCGUCAGAAGAUUCUUCCUCGGACUCGAGCUCAGAGGAUGAAGAAGAGGUGACAGUGAAAUUGGCACCAGCUAAGGCGACUCCUACGGGGACCCCAGGCAAGGCUGCAGAAUCCUCCUCUGACUCAAGCUCAGAAGAUGAGAAAGAAGCUAAGAAGCCAGUUGCCAAGGCUGCUCCUGCCAAGGCUGCUCCUGUCAAGGCCACUCCUACUAAGAAAGCCGACUCGUCAAGCUCAGACUCUGACAGCAGCUCUGAGGACGAGGCCCCAGCCAAACCUGCAGCAGCUACCAAGAAACCUGCAGCAGCUACCAAGAAACCUGCAGCGGCCCCCAAGGUCCCAGCCAAGGCUGCUGCAGAGAGCAGCUCGGACUCCGACUCUUCAUCUGAAGAUGAGGCUCCAGCUAGGAAGGCUACCCCGGCCCCUGUUACUAAACCAGCCUCCAAACCAGUCUCCCCAGUUAAACCAGCUGCUGCUGAAAGCAGCUCGGACUCCGACUCUUCUGAAGAUGAGGCUCCAGCUAAGAAGGCUACCCCGGCCCCUGUUACUAAACCAGCCUCCAAACCAGUCUCCCCAGUUAAACCAGCUGCUGCUGAAAGCAGCUCGGACUCCGACUCUUCUGAAGAUGAGGCUCCAGCUAAGAAGGCUACCCCGGCCCCUGUUACUAAACCAGCCUCCAAACCAGCCUCCAAACCAGCCACCCCCGUGGUGAACAAACUAGCCCCAACCAAGGCCGUAGCCGAGAGCAGCUCCGAUUCUGACAGCGACAGCUCAGACGACGAGGUCGCUGCAGGCAAAAAGACCACCAAACCUACAGCCGCAGCCAAGACUCCUGCUUCAGCCAAGACUCCUGCUUCAGCCAAGACUCCUGCUUCAGCCAAGACUCCUGCUUCAGCCAAGACUCCUGCUUCAGCCAAAGCUGCAGAGUCCAGCAGCAGUGACGACAGCUCUAGUGAUGAGGAAGAGGCAGCAACAUCCUCGACUAAGAAGGCAGCUGCCCCAGCCUCGACUAAGAAGGCAGCUACCCCAGCCUCGACUAAGAAGACAGCUACCCCAGCCUCGACUAAGAAGGCAGCUACCCCAGCCUCGACUAAGAAGGCAGCUACCCCAGCCUCGACUAAGAAGGCAGCUACCCCAGCCUCGACUAAGAAGGCAGCUACCCCAGCCUCGACUAAGAAGGCAGCUACCCCAGCCUCGACUAAGAAGGCAGCUACACCUAAAGCCUCCUCCACCCCUGCUGCCAAGGCAACAACACCGGCUAAGGCUGCCGAGACGUCGUCGUCCCAGGACAGUAGCUCUGAGGAAGAGGAGACGAAAACACCGGCAGCAGUCACCAUCACCAACGGCAAGAGAAAGAGGGAUGGAGAAGACUCGUCUUCUGAGAGCGAAGAGGAGGAGGAAGUAACGACGCCUAAAAACCAGAAAGUAUUACCAGCACCACAGACUUACCCCAAAGUCUCUAAGAAGAUCAAUGUACCUUUCCGUAGAAUAGUAGAGGAGGACAUUGAAGUGGACAACCGUCUGGCAGACAACUCCUUCGAUGCCAAGCGCGGGUCGGAUGGAGACUGGGGCCAGAGGGCCAAUGACGUGCUCCGCUUCACCAAGGGGAAGUCCUUCCGUCACGAGAAGACCAAGAAGAAGAGGGGAAGCUACCGCGGAGGAGCCAUCUCCCAAUCUGUCAACUCCAUCAGGUUCGACAGCGACUGAGAAACCUAGUCAUCAUCGUCAUCAUCAUCACCCCUCUUCAUCCUGUCGCCUGACCCCCUUCCCUCCAACCUGAUUGAGCCGAAACAUUAACUGAACUACCUACAGCUGUGUUGACAAGACGGUCACAUUGACAGCUAGGCUUCCUAGUGAUUUUAGUUCAUAAGUCUUGUGUUAAACCUUUUCAAAAGGCUUUUUUUUUUUAUGGGGGUAGAAGACGACACAAGUGGUCCUGAAAUGGCAUCCUAUUUGCUUUAUAGUGCUGUUGAUCUGAUCUAGAGCAGUGCACUAGUAGUAGUGUGCUAUUUAGGAUGCUGUCUCAUGGGUCAAGGCCGCAGGGGGAGUGGUCUGUGUCUGUGCUUCAGUAAUCUAUACCACGUUUAAAGGGUUAAUGUCCUUAGGCUGCAUUUACAACGUAUAGCCACCGGGUGGCGGUAGUUAGCCACAAAUUCUGUUAAAUAUCCAUUUAAAAGUGUAAACUGUUCUCAAUUUUUUUGUUUGUUUUUUCUCUCAGUCAUUAAUCUGUUGCUUGUUGUAGUAUUGUUAGCGCGGUAUCUUCCCCCUUCUGUCCAGUGUCUCCUCAGUAUCAACAUUUUGAAAUGCUCUGUUGCUUGUUGUUUUAAUGCGGAUUGGAGGAGGAGGGUUACUUGAUUUUUAAAGCAGACCAGGUCUUUUGAAUGAUAAUGUAAUUUGUUGCCGUCCCCUUACCAGAUCUCACAACACCUGGAUAAGUAUUCAACCAACGGUCUGGAACGUGUCCGUCCUUUCAACAUCCUCUGCAGUCUCUCGGAGACCCAUCACGGUUUAGAUAUGAAGGUUUUUAUGUACGUGUUUAACUCGUAAGCCGGGGAUCAUCCAACUGUUGUUUAUGAGCUCUAUAGUGUUGGAAGUAACUCCCUCAUGUUCGGUAUACAAAACGUUUGGAAACAGGAAAACACAGGAUCUGAAAUGGCACCCUAAAGUAGUGUACUAUAUAGGGAAUAGGGUUCUAUAGGGCACUGGUCUAAAGUAGUGCACUACAUAGGGAAUAGGGUUCUAUAGGGCUCUGGUCUAAAGUAGUGUACAAUAUAGGGAAUAGGGUUCUAUAGGGCUCUGGUCUAAAGUAGUGUACUAUAUAGGGAAUAGGGUUCUAUAGGGCACUGGUCUAAAGUAGUGCACUACAUAGGGAAUAGGGUUCUAUAGGGCUCUGGUCUAAAGUAGUGUACUAUAUAGGGAAUAGGGUUCUAUAGGGCACUGGUCUAAAGUAGUGCACUACAUAGGGAAUAGGGUUCUAUAGGGCUCUGGUCUAAUGUAGUGUACUAUAUAGGGAAUAGGGUUCCAUAGGGCUCUGGCCUAAAGUAGUGUACUAUAUAGGGAAUAGGGUUCCAUAGGGCUCUGGUCUAAAGUAGUGUACUAUAUAGGGAAUAGGGUUCUAUAGGGCUCUGGCCUAAAGUAGUGCACUAUAUAGGGAAUAGGGUUCUAUAGGGCUCUGGCCUAAAGUAGUGCACUAUGUAGGGAAUAGGGUUCUAUAGGGCUCUGGUCUAAUGUAGUGCACUAUAUAGGGAAUAGGGUUCUAUAGGGCUCUGGUCUAAAGUAGUGCACUAUAUAGGGAAUAGGGUUCUAUAGGGCUCUGGUCUAAAGUAGUGCACUAUAUAUAGGGAAUAGGGUUCUAUAGGGCUCUGGUCUAAUGUAGUGUACUAUAUAGGGAAUAUGGUUCCAUAGGGCCCU